UACCGUUGCUUUUGGCGGAACGCGAAACCGAAAGUUGGAUCUAAAACGAAGCGGAAAGGAGUUAAAAUAGAUAGGCGGUGACAUUAUCACAUCCUUAAAGUUUAUUUUAUUCGUAUUGAGUAUUUCCUGAGAAACAUUAAUGUCUAACGCGUCUAUGUAUUCAUAAACCCACCGUGUUAUCUUAAGCGUCAAUGUUAGCAUAACAGUGGCGGCGGAGAGCGACAGCCUGUAUGUCAAAGCUAAUGUUAGCACGGUGGAUUUUUUUUCUUUGGAUGUAAAGUUAAUACGAUAAGUAAGAUUUAGUUUACAAAAAUCCAAUCUACAGCUGCGGUGUGUGAGUCUGUCACUACCGGAGACAUGGACCCGGACACUGAAGUUGAAAGCAUCUUCAGGCAGGGGAAUGAGGGAGAGGAUGAGGAGGAGAAGAAGAAUUGGAAGAGGCCACCCUCCAGCUAUGGUUCAAUGAAGAGUGACAGUGAUGUGAUGGAGGAGGAGGAGGAGGGAAAUGGAGAAGAGGUUGCAGAGGCCUGCUCUUCCUUGUUUCCUGUGGUACUACCUGAAUCGACUGCUCGUGAGGGGACAGGGUUGCAGAUGAUUCGCUCAGAGUCUCCAGAGACCUACUACACCAUGACUACGCAGCAGACCAAACCACCGGGAGCUGUUGUCAUUGACACCAGGUCUUCUGAUCUGGGGGAUUUUUCAGAAGACAGCGAUGAGGAGGAUAUGGAUGAAGUUUUAGUAACUCAUUCCCCAGAACCACCUGAACCUGUUGAACCAGAUGACGCAAUGCAGACUGAUGAGAACAGCCAGCCAGGUAGACUACACCCAGAACAGGACCUGCCCCAUAUAUUCAAGAGUAUCCAGAGUAUUGUGACAGGCCUCACCAAGGAGGAGCUAUUCAAAUUUAAGAUGUGGUUUUACCAAUGGGAACCAGGCAUAACCCUGCAGCAGGUGAUGGAGGGAGACAUUCUCGAUUUUGUGGACAGGAUCCUGGAGAUCCUUGGCCAGGAUCGCUCCCUGUUGCACACUAUAAGUACCCUAGAAAGUGUCAACAAGAAACCAGAGGCAGACGACCUACGGAAUCGGUGCAAGAGAGUGUUGAUCCGUUUUCAUCUGAAGCAGUAUUUAAUCAGAAAACACCAAGUGAUCCGAGAGGGGGUCGUUCGAGCCGGAAAGCAGAAUCUUCUAGAUACCAUCUACGUUGAGCCCCAGAUUUCCACCUGUGGUUAUGGAGGAGUUGACCCCUCCCACGAGUUCCGACCCCACCCUCCGACACCUCUCCAGGUCCCCGGUGCCGACACCUUCGUUGAGGUGAACAAUCUGUUCCGACUACAGACGGAUGAUGGCAAGCCUGUGAGGACAGUGCUGACCACUGGGAUUCCAGGAAUUGGCAUGUCUGUCUCCGUGGGGAAAUUCUCCCUGGAUUGGGCAGAACUGCGCGCCAAUAAGGAUCUGCAGUUUGUCAUCAAGCUUUCGUUCCGAACUCUCUGGCUUUUGCGAAAACAAAGCCCUUUUCCUUCACAGAAAAUGUCCAUCAUGGAAGUGAUAGAAUAUUAUCAUUCUGAGUGCAAAGGCAUGAAAUACCUGGAGGAAGAGGAUUGUAAAUUUCUCAUCAUAAUGGACUCGUUUGAUUGUUACCAAGCUCCUUUGGACUGGGAGAAUGCUCCAGUAAUAAAUGACAAUUACACCCAAGCACAUCCUGACGUCCUAAUUGUAAAUAUCAUCCGAGGCACUGUGCUUCGUGGUGCCCGCGUCUGGAUCCUGGGGAGACGGGCGGCUGUCUCACAAAUACCAUCUCAGUUCAUAGACGUUGUCACAGAAAUACAGGGAUUUAGUGAUGAGAUGAAAGAUGACUACCUGACCAAACGCUUUUGCGAUGCAGAGCAAGCAGCGAAGAUCGUGGCACAGUAUAAGCGCCUACCAACACUCAGUAUGCUCGCUCGCCAACCCUUUGUCUGCUGGAUGGUGGCCACAGUGUUCGAGCGCUGCUAUCGUUAUCAGGGCUACGGGGUGCACCCCCCCAGGCUGACGCCAUUCUACGUCAGCAUUUUGAUUGUCCAGACCAAUCGCAAGCUACAGUUCUACUAUGGAAAGGGGGACAAUGACCUGAAAUGGUCCAGUGACGACAAGCACCUGCUGAUAAAGAUGGGGAAGAUGGCCUUUAAGAUGCUGGAGAGGAAUGCCAGUGUGUUCUUUGAAGAGGACGUGAAGGAGUCCGGUCUGAAGUUGACAGAGGUGACGGUGUUGUCCGGCAUGUGCACUGAGCUCCCCGCCGCAGCCUCAGAUGGGAGGAGGACAUUCUGCUUUAUACACUUCACCUUUCAGGAGUUCAUGGCCGCUCUGUACGUCUUCACAAUGUUUCGCUCAGAGGCUAAGAACGUUCUGGACUCCGGGGUGCUGCACAUGCCCAAGAUCUUCACACCCAAGGAUCAGACCAAAUCAGCAGCAGGCCUGGUCCAGUGCGCCUUGGAGCGAACCCUCAGCUCCCCGCUGGGCUACUACGACAUGUUCCUACGCUUUCUGUGCGGCAUGCUUAACCUGGACUGCCACAACAAUCAGCUGAGUGGGUAUCUCUACCGCCACAACUCGCCGAAGGUGGGUGGACUGGAUGAGGUGCAGCGGCUGCUAGAGCAGACGAUACAGGCUGCUGAAGUAAACAAUAGAGACCGGGUGGAAAACUUAAAGGAGUGCCUUAGAGAAAUGAUCCAGGAGGAUGAGUGAGAUGGGGUUAGAUUGCAUCAUGAAAAUCUGUGCCACUUUAUAUGGAUACGAUGGGUAAAGAGAAGUAAAUGAUGUGUUAUAUCAGAAUUCAUGAGUGAUCAGAGUGUGAUGCUCAAAACGCUGAAAACACUCAACAGAACUCAGAGUGACUUGUUUAAGUCUGCGUCGUUUUGUCUUUGAUAACAAUAUAUUUUAAACAUUAGACAUUGUUUUGAUUAAGACAUCAAAGAGUCUGUGUCAGUAAUGUUGCUGCUGUACCAGAUGAAAUAAAACGUUAUUCUAUGCAUUCCAGUACAGUGGAGUUGAUGCAAUACUACAUUAUGUCUGUCAUGUCUUACAAUGAGCACUAAUGAAAAUGGAUUCUCACAGUGGAUUUUUACUUCAUCCAGCUGUCAUUUUUUUAUUCAGAUAUGUGGAUUUUUUUCUCCUCAACCAAACCAAACACAUUGAAGUGACAAAAGAAGAAAUGAACUCUUUAGAGAUUUGUGAAAUGUAAAGAUCAGAAGAUGUGAUGAGACUUAGAGGAAUCUGACUUUGUUGAUUCAUAGUAAACCUCAUACUAUACUGCAAUAUGAAACAGAUUCGUCUACCUGUAUAUAUGCAGGUGAAACCAUAUAAGGCAUUAUUAGUGUCAACACACCAAUUUAGAUUGUCGGAGGAAAUAACCUGCAAGGUUCCAAAGAGGAGAGCUCAUUGCAAUUUAUUGGAAGUUAUUUUGUCAGUGAGAGGCUCCGUAGAGGUGUAGGUACGUUUACAAAUGGCAUCGGGUUGAAAAAUAAUGGUAUGGGUGAAUGAUAAGUGUUAUUUUUUAAUAGGUUUGGCUUUAAAUCAUACUGUGUAUGCGCAUGUAUCUGUUUGUGUCUUUAGGUGCAUAUGUGCUUUUGUACUUGCUGAAUUUAUGAAUUGACUCUUCUGUCUACCUGCGACAAUUCAUCAAUACAAAAUAGAUUUUGUGAGACUGGA